AUGGAUGCGAUCAAGAAAAAGAUGCAGGCGAUGAAAAUCGAGAAGGAUAAUGCUCUCGAUCGAGCCGAUGCUGCAGAAGAAAAAGUGCGACAAAUGACAGAUAAAUUGGAACGAAUUGAGGAAGAACUUCGAGAUACCCAGAAGAAAAUGAUGCAAACAGAGAAUGAUUUAGAUAAAGCACAAGAGGAUUUAGCUGUUGCAAAUACUAAUUUGGAAGAGAAGGAAAAGAAAGUUCAGGAGUUUGUUGUUUACCAUAAUCCUCCUCACACGAGCACAAUCUGUCAAUUAGCAAUCAACAAAACAAACAAAUAA